AUAGCCAAGACUGACCCCACCACACACCCCACCUCCCUGACCCUGUGGGGCUAGCCACCCAGUCUGCACUGAAGCUGUCCAGCGACCAGGAGUUUGGAGCAGGUCCGGGCUGACGCCGCCGCCCAGAUGGCCUCCAGGCUGACCCCGCUGACCCUCCUGCUGCUGUUGCUGCUGGCUGGGGUUAGAGCCUCCUCAAAUCUGAAUGUUACUAGCCCCAACUCCACGGCAGAGAGCUGGCAAGAGGAAAGCGAAGGACAGAUCUUGGAGGGAGAGAUCACCACGGUUGAACACACCGUGGGCUCUUCCACCUUGUCGACAAUCAACUCGACCAUCGUAACAACAAAUACCACUCUUGGAGCCACCACUGAGCCCUUCAUCUUGUCCACCAUUCCGCCCAUCCUGCCCACUACUGGGCCCUUCUGCCCAGAGCCUGACACUUCCUGCUCUGACUUGGAGACUCCUUGGGCAGAGUCCAAGUUGAGGGAGGCUUUGAUAGACUUCUCUGUGAAGCUCUACCAUGCCUUCUCAGCGACGAAGAAGGCAGAGACCAACAUAGCCUUUUCUCCAUUCAGCAUUGCCAGCCUCCUAACCCAGGUCCUGCUUGGGGCUGGGAACAGCACCAAGAGAAACCUGGAGAGCCUCCUCUCCUACCCCGAGGACUUUGCCUGUGUCCACCAGGCCCUAAAGGCUUUCACAUCCAAAGGCUUCACCACAGUCUCUCAGAUCUUCCACAGCCCAGACCUGGUCAUAAGGGACAGCUUUGUGAAUGCCUCUCAGAGCCUGUAUGACAGCAGCCCCAGAGUCCUGGGAAAUGACAGUGAUGUCAAUACGGAGCUCAUCAAUGCCUGGGUGGCAGAGAAGACCAACCACAAGAUCACACAGCUGCUGGAAAGUCUGCCCUCUGACACCCGCCUUGUCCUCCUCAACGCCGUCUACCUGAGUGCCAAGUGGAAGACAACAUUUGAUCCGAAAAGAACCUCGAUGGAGCCCUUUUACCUCAAGUCCUCUGUGAUAAAAGCGUUGAUGAUGAACAGCAAGAAAUACCCUGUGGCCCAUUUCACUGACCCGACCUUGAAGGCCAAGGUGGGGCAGCUGCAGCUCUCCCACAACCUGAGCUUGGUGAUCCUGGUGCCCCAGAGCACAAAACACCAUCUCGAAGACCUGGAGAAGGCUCUCAACCCCACUGUCUUCAAGGCCAUCAUGAAGAAGCUGGAGAUGAGCAAGUUCCAGCCCACCCUCCUGACGCUGCCCCGCAUCAAAGUGAAGAGCAACCAGGACAUGCUGACGAUCAUGGAGAAACUGAAAUUCUUUGACUUUUUCUAUGACCUCAACCUGUGCGGGCUGACCGAGGACAUGGAUCUUCAGGUUUCUGCGAUGCAGCACCAGACCACGCUGGAGCUGACGGAGUCUGGGGUGGAGGCGGCAGCGGCCUCGGCCGUCUCCGUGGCCCGCAAUUUGCUGCUCUUUGAAGUGCAUCAGCCCUUCCUCUUCCUGCUCUGGGACCAGCGGCACAGGAUCCCUGUCUUCAUGGGGCGGGUGUAUGACCCCCGGGUCUGAGACCCACAGGGCACCAGGCUAAGGCAAGCCAUCCCCCUCAAGCCACGCUCUUCCGGUGGCAGCCCUGCCUGGACUUGCCCCCCAGCCACCUCCUGCCCCUGGGGCGCCCUGCUCUCCAUGUGAAGGCCUCCCUCGGGGUCUGGUGAAGGGACCUACUUCUAUCAUCCCUUCCCUGUGGCUCCCCAAAGCACUUUUUACAGCUUCCUCUGGUUCAUGUUCACCAGACUCUACAAAUAAAACCCAGCAGACCAUGA